AUGUCUUUAUUAUCAUCAUCUAAACAAUUUCAAUUAUUUGAUUUUAUACCCAUUCAAGAUCCAAAUUAUCAAUCAAUAGAUGAUUUGUACUCAAAUCCAACUCUAUCUGCUAUAAAUACAACAUCUACCUAUUUAAUAAUUGCAAUAAAUAAUCAUGAUUUGAAAAUCAUAAACCCCAAGGAUUUAACUCAAUUAGGUCAAUUUCAGGCAUAUGAAGAAGAAUACAGGAUAACUUAUAUUGAACCAUUACAUAACUCAAACAAUUUAAUAAUUACGUUAGCUGAAAGACAAGGAUUUCCACUGAUUAUAAAGUUAUGGGAUAUAACUAAAAUGUUGAAUUUGGAGAAACUAGAAGCUUCGGAAUAUAAAUUCAAAUUUCAGACUCAGGUAUUAGUGAAUUUAAAUGACAAUUCAUAUCCUAUUUCAUGUAUACGGUUUAAUUAUGAUGUUAGUUGUAUUGCCUUGGGAUAUACUCACGGAAAAGUAUUAUUGAUAAGAGGUGACUUAUUACGAGAUAGAGGAGCAAAACAGAGGGUAAUUUAUGAAGGUAAUUAUGAUCCAAUUACAAAUAUACAAUGUAGAAAUGAUGAGGAAAUAUUAUAUGUGACUACAACUUCAAAAAUACUAACUGUUCCAACCACUGGAAGAAAUAAUGGUAAACCUUUGAGAAUCUUGUCAAAUAAAAGCGGAGCAAAUUUGAACUGUACUGCACUUGAUAAUGAUGAUCUAGUAGUUGGUUUACCAGAAUGUAUCAAAUUUUAUAAUGCCACAAACAAAUUGAAAACUAUAAAUUUUGAAGUUCCAAAGCUGAGAAUAUACAAGUUAGGACAAUUUUUAUUGGUGGUGUCUCCUGAAGAAAAUGAAAGACUAUCUACAAGAAUUUACAUUAUAGAUUUGAUAAAUUUACAUGUUUCAUUUAAUGUCCUUCUUCCAAAUGUCGUGACGCAUAUAUUUACAAUUACUGGUGAUUUUUAUUUAUUAGGAGGUGGAGUACUUUACAAAAUUCAUGAAAAACCAAUUAAUCAACAAAUUGAAUUAAUUUUACAAAGAGAAUUGUUUACAGUUGCUUUCAAUUUGGCAAAACAAAGACAUUUGAAUUCAGAUUCAUUAAUUAGAAUUGAAAAUUUACAUGGUGAAUAUUUAUUCGAACAAGGAAAAUAUGAAGAAUCAAUAGAGGUAUUUAUAAAGUGUCUUGAUCUUAUUAGUGACGAGGAAGAAGGGUUGGAUGAAUUUAUAAUGAACAUAAUUACAAAAUUCAAAGAUCCGAUAAAUAUUUCAAACUUGACUAAGUUUUUGAAAGUUAUAUAUGUUAGAAAAUUAGCAAAUUUGGAUCAUAUAACUUUAUUAUUAUGUUGUUAUUGUAAAUUAAAGGAUCUAGACUCAUUAGAUGAGUUCAUAGAUACGUUAGAUCUCAGUUUAAAUUUACAAGAUUUGAAUUUCCAAUUGAUAAUCAACCUAUUCAAAGAAUGUGGGUUUUACAAUCAAGUUUUAAAAUUAUUAUACAAGCUAAAUCAACCUAGUUUGAUCGUUGAUAUACAAAUUUCAGAUCUAAAAAAACCAAAAUUGGCAUUAAAUUAUAUGAAAUCAUUGAAGAUAGACGAUUUGUUGAUUAUCCUAAUUGAAUUUCUGAAGAAUUUACUUGAUUCAUGUCCUAUUGAAACUACAGAUUUAUUAAUUAAAGUAUUUACAGGAAUUUAUAAACCACAAGAUCAAAAUUCUAAAUCUAAUGAAUUAAAUAAUGAUAAAGUUGAAGAGAAGGAGAAAAGUGUAGAAUUGACAAAUUAUCAAUCAUUUCUAAGUUAUUUGAAAAAAUCAGCACCUGAAGACGAGGAACCAACUGAGGAACCAGUAUCUACUUAUUCACCUCCUAAACCAAGUUUAAUAUAUUCAAGUUUCACAGAUCAUCCAAAUGAAUUUAUUAUCUUUCUUGAGGCUUGUAUUGAAUCAUUUGAUAAAUUUGGAGGUAAUGUAAAUGAUAAAAAAGAAUUACUAUUAACAUUACUUGAACUAUACCUUUCAACAUCACAAUUUGAUAAAUCAAAAUCAUUAAUAAGCAACUACUCAAACCUUUUAGAUCAUGAUUCAUUAUUAUUAUUAAGUCAUAUUUAUAAAUUUGAUCUAGAUAUUGAAGUAAUGGACAUCAAUUCAUUAUUUAUGAAAUAUGAAAUUGAAGAAAAUAUAAAGAAGUUGUUCCUGAUUCUUGAAUCUCAUGGAUCUGAUAAUCCUCAAUUAUACCUUCAAAUGCUUCAAUUUCUUAUAUCAAAGAGAUCAAUUUACGAAUCUAUAAAUCCAGAUGAUUUGAAAAUAAUAAUAACUCAAAUAAUGUCUCAUAGGAUCAUCAAUAUACUUGAGCUUGUCAAUCUUCUAAGUGAAAAGGAAUAUAUUACACUAGGUUUGAUCAAAGAGCAAUUAAUCUCAUUUUUUGAGGAUCAAAAUUCAGAAAUUUAUAAAAAUGAAAAAUUAAUAGCUCAUUAUGAAAAAGAAUCAAGUAUAAAUUCUCAAAAAUUAACUGAUUUAACUACUGAAAAUUUCAAAAUUAGUCAAACUAAAUGUGCAAGUUGUCAAUUAAAAUUAGAUUACCCUUCUGUCAUUUUCAAAUGUUUUCAUUCUUUUCAUAAACGUUGUUUAGUAGGUGAUGAAGCAUGUCCAAUAUGUUAUGAUGUUAAAAAGCUUCAAGAUCAACAAAUUGAUGAGAAGUUAUUCAUUCAAAAGCUACAUAAUUCAGAUGAUAAAAUGAAAUAUAUUAGUGGUAAUAUAUAA